UUUUGUGUGGUUGUGAACAUUUGUAAAAAAAAGAAAAGUACAUUUUUUCUCAAAGUCAAGUAAGUAAUAAAAACUCCCCGCCUUAAUUAAUUUCUGGAAUGCGAAGAAAGGCGCGAUAGUAAGAAGUGCUUGACGAAAAUUGAGAGCGAGAGAAAAGAUACAUAUGAUCAAGAUAUCUUAUCGUAUAUCACAAAUAGGGCAGCUACAGAAUUACCUGUACCUUCGAAAUCCUGAUAACUGAAAUUUACAGAGCUAGCUUAAACGAUACGGUCGAUACUUCAACCUAGAAAGUAACAAGUAACUCUAUAACCAGUAUAUAACACGAAAAGAAAAUGACAGAACCGAUGAAUAAGAAGCAAAUUUCUGAAAAUCAAACUAUAGAUAGUAACACCAAAAUUACAACUACUGAAAUGCACACUGCAGGGGAACCCCUAAGGAUUAUAGAAACUGGUUUUCCACCAGUGGAAGGGGAAAACAUUUUAGAUAAAAUGAAAUAUGCUAAACGGCAUCUUGACGCUUACCGAAAGUUUUUAAUGUAUGAACCUCGAGGACAUUUUGAUAUGUACGGUGCCAUUUUGGUCAAACCUAACGUUCCCUCGGCCGAUAUUGGAGUUUUGUUUAUGCACAAUGAAGGUUUCAGUACAAUGUGUGGACAUGCGGUGAUUGCAUUAGGAAGAUAUGCUGUUGAUAAAGGUUAUGUGAAAACAAUAACUUGUCCAGAAACUCAAGUUAAUAUCCAGUGUCCAUGUGGUUUAGUAAAAACCUAUGUUUCCUACAAUAAUGGUCGGUCUGCAGCUGUUCGAUUCCACAGUGUUCCAGCUUUUAUACAUUCUAGAGAUAUCCAGGUAGAUGUGCCUAAAUUUGGAACCAUUACUUUGGAUGUCAGCUAUGGUGGAGCAUUUUAUGCAAUACUACCUGCUAGUCAUCUUGGAUUAGAUCUACACAAAUCAAAGUUUCGUGAACUUGUAUCAGCAGCUACCUGUAUAACUGAGACUGUGAAACAAGAAGAAAUAAUUCAUCCUGAAAGUCCAGCUCUCAGUUUUCUCUACGGAACCAUUCUUACAGAUGAUAUGAUACCAGAGAAAAAUGGAGAAAUAAAGACAGCAAACAUCUGUGUUUUUGCUGAUGGAGAGGUGGAUCGCUCACCCACAGGUUCAGGUGUUACAGCUCGCAUUGCUUUGAUGCUUGGCAAAGGCCAGAUAAAAAUGAAUGAAAAAGUUUCUUUUAUAAGUUCAACAACACAAGGAGAAUUUACAGGAUGUCCUAUUGAGGCAGUUAAUAUUGGAGAUCAGGCAGCAGUUUGUGUUGAAGUAGCUGGAGAAGCAUUCUACUGUGGACAAAGCACUUUCAUUUAUGAAAAGGGAGAUGCAUUGGGAAAAGGGUUUCUACUUCAUUAAUCAAAUAUCUGUAAUUCCAUUUGUAUUAAAUCAAAUUAAUUAUAAUAAAUACCUGAAUUCAUUAAUGAGUUUUAAAAAAAAUAAAUCAUAAAUAAUAUUUUCAUCUGAAGAAAAAUCUAACAUGGAGCAAAAAAUAAAUUCUUUCCUAUAAUUCAAUGUUGCUGAAAUUCUUUUUCAAAACCACUUACGGUGGAUUAAUAAUUUAAUAUGUUAGGUAAAUAUUACAAAAGUUAACAGAA